ACAAAACUUUUCCAAAUUGAUGGGACUUGCUUGUUGUCUUUUCAAUAAUCAAUGCCACGUAUACUUCCCAUUAAAUGCCGACACAUCUAAACAUGUAAACCAUUAUUGGGUCUCUCUCUCGCUCUCUCCCCCUGUCUCUGUGUGAAAGCUAGAGAACAGUCGAACAAACAUGGGGGAGGAAGACAUAAAGAGGAAACUGCUGAUAAAGGAAGAAGAUGAACGUGAACACGAUUUGGGUUUGCAAUACAGAGUGUGGAAUGAAAGCAAGAAGAUUUGGGUGAUAGCUGGACCUGCUAUAUUCACCAGAUUCUCUACUUUUGGAACAAAUGUGGUCAGUCAAGCCUUCAUUGGUCACAUUGGCUCUACUGAGUUAGCUGCAUAUUCACUUGUCGUUACUGUACUGGUCAGGUUCGCAAAUGGCAUCCUGCUGGGAAUGGCUAGUGCGCUGGAAACUCUUUGUGGUCAAUCAUAUGGUGCAAAACAAUAUGACAUGCUUGGGGUACAUCUUCAGAGAUCAUGGGUAGUGUUGUUUGUCAGCGCAUUCUUCCUUGUUCCUAUUUGCAUCUUUACAACUCCAAUCUUAGAGGCCUUAGGACAGGAACAGAAUAUUGCACAAGUGGCGGGCUAUAUUUCUCUCUGGGUAAUCCCGGUGAUUUUCGCCUUUGUUUUAUCCUUUACCUGCCAAAUGUACUUGCAAGCACAGAGCAAAAAUUUGAUCAUAGCUUACUUGUCAGCAAUUUCAAUUGCAAUCCACAUCCUCCUUUCAUGGCUUUUGACUGUGAAAUAUCAGCUUGGGAUUCCUGGCGCAAUGGUGUCCACAAUUUUUGCAUUUUGGAUUCCCAACAUUGGUCAACUUUUAUUUGUUAUAUGUGGAGGAUGCCCACAGACAUGGAAAGGCUUCUCGAUGUUAGCUUUUAAAGAUCUCUGGGAUGUCGUCAAGCUUUCUCUGUCUUCUGGUGUUAUGCUUUGUCUGGAGCUUUGGUACAAUACGGUCUUGGUUCUUUUAACUGGAAGUAUGGAAAAUGCUGAGGUUUCUAUCGAUGCUCUUUCUAUCUGUCUCAACAUCAAUGGGUGGGAAAUGAUGAUAUCCCUUGGCUUCUUGGCUGCAGCAAGUGUACGAGUGUCAAAUGAGCUUGGACGAGGUAGCUCAAAAGGGGCGAAGUUCUCAAUUGUGGUUAUAGUGUUCACAUCAUUUGCCAUCGGUGUUGUGUUGUUCUUCAUUUUCCUAUUCUUGAGGGAACGUCUAUCCUACAUCUUUACCAACGACGAAGAGGUAGCCAAAGCAGUUGCUGACUUGUCACCAUUAUUGGCCUUCUCCAUAUUGUUGAACAGUGUUCAGCCUGUGCUCUCCGGAGUUGCUCUGGGAGCUGGAUGGCAGAGUACUGUAGCAUAUGUGAACAUAGCAUGUUAUUACCUUAUAGGCAUUCCCGUUGGAGUUGUGCUUGGUUAUGUUGUCAACCUACAAGUCAAAGGUGUUUGGAUUGGAAUGUUGUUCGGAACAUUUGUGCAAACGAUUGUACUACUAAUACUCACCUACAGAACUGAUUGGGAUAAUCAGGUAACAAUAGCUCGUAAUCGUGUUAACAAGUGGGCCGUUAAAGAUAGUGGAGACCCAAGCUCCGACUCAUAAGUUGCCUCGUCUAUUUUUGUUUUUCCUAAAUAGAUUUGCUGAGUUCAAUCUGUUUCAUUUUUCUUGUUAUCUAUAUAAGGAGGCAAGCUUAAACCCAUUUAUGACAGAUUUAAUUUCUAAUUGGGUGCGUCUAUUACUACCCUAUCAUUUUCUUAGUUCGCCUUACAAAUAUUUGAAUUAUUGAAAGACCAUAUUAUCCAAGUGUAAAAUGACUAAUAAGUAUA